AUGCAAUGCGCACAGUGCACGACUGACAACACAAGGGACUAUCAAAAAAAGGCAAAAGAAGCCGCCAUAGAGGGACAAACUACAGGUCUGCUCAUUGCACCGUCAUGCGUGACAUGGCUGUUAACAAAUCAGGCAUCAGCGGGGGCACGACGGGCGCCGUACAACGUGCAAAACGUGGACCCCGUUGAUGCUGUAAAUGCGCACGGGCUAUAUGAUCCUCACAUGGAACCUCAAGAGAGCGGGGACGAGUUAGAGGACCCCUCUAUGGUUGCACAAAGCGGUGUUGGCUACGAACUAGAGAAACGGGAUGAAGAAGAUGAAGGUUCCGCAGCAACAUCUUCACAAUUGAAACAGGAAAGUGAGGAUGAGGAAUUAGAGAAGGAAGAAUCAAUAGACGAAGCUGAAGAGGCACAACACGGCAAGCACCAACAGGCUCCCAAAAAGUUGGAACCAGAGGAAGCGAAAAAGCUACUACUAUCUAUCUCCAUCAGCGCUCACGCUGCCGUGCCUGACCUUCUUGGAACUAAAACUCGAUUGGCAAAGGCAGAGGGAAAGCCGUCUUUCGCGUUCCCUGUUGCUCUUCGUACUCAUUCGAGUGUACCACCAGUCGGGGGGCCUCCGCCUACGGCAGGCCUUGAAGCACCAUAA